ACCUGCCUUCUUUCUCUCCCAGUCCAGGAGAAGCCGACCCCUCCCACCCAGGCCGCACCCCGCGAUGCCCGCCCCACCUUGCGCCUCCUGCCACAAGGCCCGCGCCGCCCUGCGCCGCCCGCGCUCCGGCCAAGCGCUGUGUGGCACCUGCUUCUGCGCGGCCUUCGAGGCCGAGGUGCUGCACACGGUGGUCGCGGGCCGCCUGCUGCCUCGCGGCGCCGUGGUGGCCGUGGGCGCCUCGGGUGGCAAGGACUCCACCGUGCUGGCUCACGUGCUGCGCGAGCUGGCGCCCCGCCUGGGCAUCUCGCUGCAACUGGUGGCCGUGGACGAGGGCAUCGGCGGCUACCGGGACGCGGCGCUGGCCGCAGUGCGGCGCCAGGCGGCGCGCUGGGAGCUGCCACUCACCGUCGUGGCCUACGCCGACCUCUUCGGGGGCUGGACGAUGGACGCCGUGGCCCGCAGCACAGCUGGCUCUGGCCGCAGCCGCUCCUGCUGCACCUUCUGCGGGGUGCUGCGGCGCCGGGCACUGGAAGAAGGGGCACGUCUCGUGGGAGCCACGCACAUCGUGACAGGCCACAACGCCGAUGACAUGGCGGAGACCUUGCUCAUGAACUUCCUGCGGGGCGACGUGGGCCGGCUGGCCCGGGGCGGGGGCCUGGGCUCCCCGGGCGAGGGGGGCGCCCUGCCGCGCUGCCGCCCGCUGCACCUGGCCUCGCAGAAGGAGGUGGUGCUGUACGCGCACUUCCGCCGCCUGGACUACUUCUCGGAGGAGUGCGUCUACGCGCCCGAGGCCUUCCGCGGCCACGCGCGCGACCUGCUCAAGCUGCUGGAGGCCGCGCGGCCCUCCGCGGUGCUGGACCUCGUGCACUCGGCGGAGCGCCUGGCUCUGGCCCCUUCGGCCCGGCCCGCGCCCGCCGGCGCCUGUUCCCGCUGCGGGGCGCUGGCCAGCCGCGCGCUCUGCCAGGCCUGCGCCCUUCUGGACGGCCUGGACCGCGGCCGGCCCCGCCUGGCCAUCGGCAAAGGCCGCCGGGGGCUGGACGAGAUGGGGCCGCCUGGGUUGCAUCGGGGGCAGGUCCAAACCCCAGCCUCCGAGGCCGUUCCCUCCUUCUAGGGACCACAGUUUUCUGUUAGGAUCCGACCUGGGAGUUCAGGGAGCCUGCAAAUGACACUGUGAAUAAACCCGUUACCGUUGUCCAGGACUUCCGUGUGAAGUCCGGAGGGGGACGGAACCGGUUACCUGUGACCCUGCAGGAAGUGGGGCCUGAGCUCCUGGGUCUGAGGGAGGAGGGGGCUGAACAGCUUCCCACUCCUGAGCGAGUGGGAGUUGGGGGGCUGCUUGCCUGGUACCUCUGCCAGGUUCUCAGCCAGACCCAGCCCUUCCUGAGCACCUGCUGUGCAUAGACGUUUCCUGUUUGCCUGUAGCGGGGUAAGCAAAGCCACCUGCGUUGGUGGGCACACGUCAUUCACUGUAAUCCUGGUGCUUCUCUGAGCCCUGUGCAUGCUGCAGGCACCGCCCCCUCAGUUCACUCCCACGGUCUCAUUGGCUGUAGCCUGAGCACCAGCACCUGGCCUGCGGUCACCUGGAUGGUGAGGGACAGAACUGGGGGCUCACACCAGGGUCUGCCUGGGGCUCUUCUAGAUGGCAGAAUUGCUGUCCCCCUACACCGUCACACCAGAAUCCCUCCUGGUGUCUUCGUGACGGGUGAGGAGCUGCUGGGUGGGCUCCACAGACCUCAGCUUCUGGAGGCGGAGUUGGGUGAGCCUGGAUCAGUGAUUUAACUUCUCUGGUCUUCAGUUUCCUCCCCUGAAAGUGGAAUCUGAAGCAUUGUUGUGAGGAUUUGUUAAAGCGCUCCAUAAAUGGUG